AUUCUUUCCCCCAUCAUACCCUCCAAAACCCCUCGUCACCCGCAAAGAAAAGGUAAAGAAUGCAUUGAUCCUCUUGUUGAUUCCUUCAUCACCAUAUACGAUGGAACUAGAGGAGCCCGGCUUGAUGAGGCAAUCCCACCUCAACAUCAUGAACAAGUACAUCGACCCGAGAAAUGGCAAGGGCAGGGGCGGCCCGUCACAGCCGCCGAGGAAUGACCUGCGCAGGCACUCAGAAUCCUUCCGGAAGCUCGGGGUGGGCAUCCCCGCGGCGGGCGGCAUGUCCGACGCGGAGAAGAGGCUCGCGUGGGUCCGCUCCCAGAUCGUCGGCGGUGACGCCGAGUUCGACUCGCCGUUCGGCAAGCGGCGGCUCACGUACGCCGACAGCACCGCCUCCGGCCGCUGCGUUAGCUACGUCGAGGACUUCAUCAUCGACAACAUCCUCCCAUUUUACGGCAACUCGCACACGUCCGACAGCCAUGCUGGUCAUCGGACCACCAAGACGGUGCACGAGGCCUCGAGCUACAUCAAACGGUGCUUAGGAGGCGGACCCGAGGAUGCGAUCUUGUUCUGUGGAUCAGGAUCCACCGGGUCGAUCAAGCGGCUCCAAGAAGUCAUGGGCAUUGCAGUGCCGUCGACCCUAAGAGAGAGGAUGAUUAAGUGCAUGCCAAGCGAAGAGAGAUGGGUGGUCCUAGUCGGGCCUUAUGAGCACCACUCAAACCUUCUCUCAUGGAGGCAGAGUCUAGCAGAGGUCAUAGAGAUUGGACUAGAUGCAGAUGGGCUGAUAGACAAGGAAGAUUUAAGGCAAAAGCUUGAGUCUUAUCGAGAUGCAAACAGGCAAAUUCUGGGUUCUUUCUCAGCUUGCAGUAACGUCACCGGGAUUUGUACCGACACAAGAGCUGUGGCCAAGCUGCUUCACCAAUUUGGUGCCUUCGCUUGCUUUGAUUUUGCAGCUAGUGCACCUUAUGUGGAAAUCGACAUGAGAUCGGGGGAAGUCGACGGUUAUGAUGCGAUCUUCCUGAGUGUGCACAAGUUCCUUGGUGGACCUGGGUCUCCAGGAAUCCUGCUCAUGAGCAAGGUUCUCUAUCAGCUUGGAUCAUCUCCCCCAUCAACCUGUGGAGGAGGAAUUGUUGAUUAUGUGAAUGGCUUCAAUGAAAAGGAUACAUUAUAUGUGGAAGACAUUGAAGAAAGAGAGAAUGCAGGGACUCCCCAGAUUAUUCAGAUAACAAGAGCGGCAUUGGCAUUUUGGUUGAAAGACUACGUGGGAUAUGAAGUGAUUGAGAAACUGGAGCACAAGUACAUCAAAGAAGCAAUCAAAAGGCUCUCCACAAACCAGAACAUAGAGAUUCUCGGGAACAAAACAGCAAAGAGACAAGCUAUAUUGUCUUUCCUGAUAUACUCAACAACUAAUUCACCACCAGAUGGUGAUAAGGGAAGAGAGAAAGGGCUUUACCUGUGGGGAGAAACGGGGAACGAAAGGGACAAGCCUCUCCAUGGACCUUUUGUUGCCACUCUCCUCAAUGACCUCUUUGGCAUUCAAGCGAGAGGCGGGUGUGCUUGUGCCGGUCCAUAUGGUCAUGCCCUUCUUGGCAUCAAUGAAGCUCAGUCCCGUGCAUUUAGAUGUGCCAUUGAAAAGGGUUAUGUGGGAGUGAAGCCUGGAUGGACCAGAGUAAGCUUUCCCUACUACCUUUCGGAGGAGGAGUUCGAGUACAUUAUUGCUGCACUGGAGUUUGUAGCCUCUUAUGGCCAGAGGUUCCUUCCGCUCUAUCAUUUCAACCUGAAAACUGGAAACUGGACCUUCAAAAGGAAGGCAUUCAUGGAGAUUGUCGGGAAAGAAAGAAAUGGCGGUAUUUUUAUCUUAAAUGACAACCAGGCUGGUAAAAAUCUCAAUAGAGAUGCUAAACAUGAGAGCCUCAUUGCCAAGUACACGUCAUAUUGGGAGAAUGGAAAACAUAUUGCAGGUCUCCUCCCCAAAUUUCCCUCCCUGCACAUGCUACCGGUUGGAAUUGAUUCAGAGCUACUGUACUUCCGCAUCUAGUGGAAGAUUUUUGAAAGAAUAUUAAAUUGAAUAAAGGCAUUCUGAUAGAAAAUGCAAUCUUUCAAAUACUAUGUCACCAAGUGUCAUCUGAAGAUGAUAGCCAAGCUGAUCCUGUAACAACUGAAAAUGACAUAUCCAUGAAUUGUGAGAACAUUCUCCCUGCCA